AUGCCAGCCCUCUCAGCUCGCAGCACGCCAACAAUCAACGUUGCCCUCGCUGUAGUUUGCACAAUGGCUGGUAUCGCACUUGUUGCGAUUCUCAUUGCUGUUGCUUUCCGAGUAGUCGUCUGGAGGCGGUCUGGACGAGCGCCACGGCCUCGAGUAGCAGUUACUCCCCCUCAAACCAGCCCACUCCAAGAGUUCAUGAGCAUAACUCCGUUCACGAGUACAACGCCAUUCACGAACGCCGCUCAACGAGAAGAGUUGUAUGAAAAGCCAUGGGAAAUCGACCAUCGACAAGAUUUUUCGACAGGAUCGGCAGUCGGGCAAGGCAAGCCUCUUGUCGUUGACCAACGCCUUCCGGUUUACUACGAUGAUUCUGUACCACUCAUGCAGCGGCAGGAGAGUUCAAAUUCAGCUCAUGAACCCCUCCCAAUCGUUAUCUCCCCGCCAACCAGUCGUAAACUCCACCCGCUCGUUAUCCCUCAGCCACCAAGUAGUGAACCCCUCCCGAUCGUAAUUCCCCCGCCACCCAGUCGCGAACCCCAUCCACUGGUAAUCCCCGAGCCACAAACCUACGAACCAUCUCCCUCGAGUUCCGACUCCGAAUAUUCACAACGCUCGGCUGGGGCGAUGACCGCACGCAACAUCCAGCGGUUACAAACAAUGGAUCUCGCCUCCCCUCCUCCCCCUGUUCCAGCUAUUCCAGCCCAUCUCACCCGACAAGGGAAAGAGAGAGCUGUCACUGAAGAAGAAGAAGAAGAACUGAUAACGAGCCCAACUCUCAACGACACGCUUCAUCUUGGCCUCCGCAGUGAACUGCCUCCUGAGGCACAACCGCUCUCACGAGGUGACACAGUAAACGUCUCCACCCUGCUUAAAUCAAGAGCACAGCGGCAGUCCAACUCUAGCGUCCAGCGCUCACAAACGCGGACGUCAUAUAUCGAGCGAGCUGGGUCGAUUAAGGAGGUCCCCGAAUUACCCGUUGCUCGCAACUUUUAUGUUCACAACCCAACUACUAAUACCUCAUUGGACAACCUCGUAGCUAGUAAUGGACACAAUGAAUUGAACUAG